AAAGUCUUAUGCUAUGAGUACUUAUUUCAAUGUCUUAAAACCUUCAAAGCAAUCAGCUCUCCUCUAGCGUUAAGCAAGUUAAGCAAGUUUUCGCAAAAAUUAAAGACAAUUUUCUUUGAAGUGCAAUAUUCUUAUAAGUUUAUAAAUAAUUUAGAGAGAUUAUGGCUGCACGUCCGGAUUUACAGAAGGGUUACUUAGGGCCACAGUCGAAGUUCGAGGAGUUCGGACUCAGCACCGUCACACAUCAGGAUCCAGAAAUCAACAUUGACUCUAACCAAGUAGAAGUACAAAUACGUGUCAGCAAGCCAACUAAAGUCACAGCCAACCUUACGAGCUGUGCAAAAAACGAGGAACUGCCACAACAUGUGUUCACGCAGACGAAAGAUGGCGUAGUUUCCGUCAAGGUUUCUCUCCCGGAAGUGGGAUAUUAUAAGCUCCAAAUAUUUGCUCUUCUCCUACCAGACGACAGUAAAACACUUCCGGGUGUGUAUAACUAUUUGAUCAACUGCUCAAGAAUAGCAUCCGCCGUCGCCACUUAUCCAAAGCAAUUUGCUCAGUGGAAAGAGGGUUGCUACAUUGUAUCGCCAAGUAAUCUCGACCCUAACGUGAGUUUGGCCGAAACUAAGUUUGAGGUGUUUAUACCAAAAGUGAAGUCAGCCGCGGUGGUAGCGGACGGAAGUUGGACACAUCUUAACCAAAAUACCGCUGGUCUUUGGGAAGGAACGGUCAACCUUGACCCAUAUCGUUUCAAGGACGCAAAGGUCACACUUAACGCCAACUAUGGAGAUGACAACAAGUUUUCCACUCUUCUCGAGUACAAAGUUUAACACUUGCCGUAUUAUACACGAAAGAGUUAUACAGUAUAAUAAACUUAAGUAUAUAGCUAUAGACUCACACUUAGUCUAGGUCUCUAUAUAUCACAAGCCUAGCAUUUAUAGUAUUGACAAUCCAGCAGAAAACAAUAUGACAGAAAUGCGACAGACACACGUAGUGACUAGUUUAACCUUUAGCCUGCUGGUGGCAAGUGAUUCUGCCUUUGCGACCAGUGCAGACCAAGAUCAGACCAAGAUCAGACUGCACAUCCGUGCAGUCUGAUCAUGGUCUGCACUGUUCGCCAAUCAGUCAGUAUCUUUUUGGUAUGCACCCCUUUAAACAGUUAAUGGUACUGUCCAAAUUGAAAGAUGGACAAGUUCAUUAUAGAAAUUUAGCAGGGUAAGGGUUAAAUGACAAGCAUAAACAAAUCACGUCGUGAAAGGUUACGAUAGAAAAGUGAUUUAGCAAAUAUACUGGAAAGGAAUAUGAAUGUAAUCAGAUUUGCUUACGAAAUACAUGGCAUUAUGAAAACUGACGAUAUCGUUGUCAGAGUGAUUCAGAAACUACUGUUGCUACUGGAUGACAUUUUCAUUCAAGAUGACAUUUGAACAUUCUGUUUCCUAGAAGAUUUCAACUAUAGUGGAAACUGUUUCAUAAUAACGCUUAAUAAAGAACAACAGGAAACGAAAUGAAAAAACAAAUGUAAACACCAUGCAUGUAGUAACUUGAAGCGUAAGGAGAGGCAAGAUAAUUCUCAAGAAACUAGUAUUUAAAGUUUUUGCUCUAUUAAAAUAUUACAAAUGCUUUUCUAACAAGAAAAAUGUAAUGUUUUGUAUCAAAACAGCUGACAAACAAGCUGGAUAUUUUGUAAAUGCAGUAAAUAAUGAAAAAAAUACACACAAAGGGCUUUUA